GGUUGGGCUGAAAUGAAACAGGGAUCCAGACACACAUAACAAGCGGCGCCUAUACUCCACAGCAGCAGUGUGGGGAUUUACGAAUCAUGAUGAUCAUCCGUCUCCUACUAGCAGCACUUUUACCAAAGUUCAUGAGUGGCUGUCCCUCUUACUGUUAUUGUAGUCCUCCGGUCAUGGUGUGUGAUAAAAGAGGGAACGGUAUUCCGAGGGCACCCCCAAGAAUCACAACAGUCCAACUGCGUCGCAUGGAUAUUGGCUUCAUCACCAGGAACAUGAUGGCCAACCUGACGCAUUGUAACCUCACAUCCCUCAAACUGACAAAUAAUGUCAUCAGCGGAAUAUCGCCAGAUGCUUUUGAGGAUCUACACUUCCUCAAAGCACUGGAAUGGCAACAGCCUGAUCUUCCUUUACCAGACAUUAUAUUAGCCUUUAACAGCAUAAAGAGCGAUCUUGCCAGCGUUGUAAUCACAGGAAACGGAGGACCAGUAAAACAUAUAAAUGCAGUGGUCUUUAAGCAUUUGACAUCACUUCGAAAUCUUGCGUUGGCGGGUGAGGAACUAGAAGUGUUCAAUGCAUCUGCCCUAUCACGGACCUUCAACCUGUCGCAGUUGCAGUUAUCUGAAAAUAGGAUGUACUCAUUUAUCCUUGAAAGUCCUUUGCAAAAUCUGAUACAUCUUAAUCUAAACGGAAAUAAUCUUGUUGCAAUUCCGCCCCUGUGCGCAGACAGCGGUGAGCCGUUAAUUCCUAUGUUACGAAUGUUAAACUUACAGGACAAUGCGAUCCGACGUCUUGAUGUGUCUUCUAUAAUGUGCCUGAAGAAUCUAAAUAAACUGAUACUUUCACAGAAUAGAAUUGAACACUUGCCAGACAAUGCAUUCUCAAAUCUACCCAAUCUUCAGAGUUUAGAUAUUGCCAAUCUAUGGGCUUUGAAAUCAGUAGGAUCUUUAGUGUUCAAUUCAACAAGCUUGUACAAGUUAUAUUAUGCCAACAACCCACCUUUUACAGGUGCUCGUGACAAUCUGGAAAAUAUGUUCAAAUUCACACCAAAUAUCGGAAUUCUUCAUUUCAGUAAUACAAAACUAAACAUUGCUGGCGAAAGGCUGAAAGAUUUUCUGCUGAGCUUACAAAAUUUAGAGUCUCUGCUCAUGGAGCUCACAGGACUUAAUGACCUACCACCUGGAGUGUUCUCCAAGUUGACGAAACUUCGUAUCUUGAACUUAGUUGGAAAUAACCUUCCUAACCUCACCAGCGGCGUUUUUGCGAACGUAACCAGCAUCAGCCGACUCUCCCUGGCAAAUUGUAACAUUAAGAUCAUUAAGGAGGAAACAUUCCCUCUUGAGUUCCGACUCAGUUUAAAGGUAAUCGAUCUCUCAGGCAACCCCUUCAUGUGUUCAUGUGAGCUGUUGUGGUUCAGGACCUGGAUGAAAGAGGUCACAGGCAAUAAAAGCAUCACGUUUUCUAAUUACCCAAGCAAUUACGAGUGCACAUCACCCAGUGGAAAGCGUCUCAGACUUGCUGGUUUUAACCCGACAGAAAAGUCGUGUACCAUUGAACAGUUGUACACUGUCAUCCUGACUAUUGUAUUGUCAGUGUGUUUGAUGUUUACUGUCAUAGUUCUGGUGGUGUAUCGGUACCGCUGGUACAUCCGCUACUGGGUUUCUCUUCUACGGCGGCGACGACAACGGCAACUACAACGUCAAUCGAACGACAUGAAAUACGAUGCAUUUGUCUCCUACAGCAAUGAAGACCAUGGCUGGGUUCAUGGCCAGCUCCUGAACUUUUUGGAAGAGGAAGUCGGCCUUCGGCUUUGUGAACACACAAGAGAUUUUGUACCCGGGAAAUUCAUAAUUGACAAUGUCAUUGAAGCUAUGGACACCAGCAGGAAGACCAUCCUGGUCAUCUCUAACGAAUACAUGCAGAGUGACUGGUGCAAAUUUGAACUGCAGCUGGCUCUGUACUCAUUCCUUAAAUGUGAGAUUGACAUUGUGGUGAUUCUUCUGGAUCAGAUCAAGACCUGCCAUGUGACGUCAGCACUGCGAGCUCUAAUGAUGUCAACUACGUUUAUUCAGUGGUGCGAUGAUGCCGAGGCCAAGGAACUAUUUAAGGAGAGAAUAAGAAAGAUUCUAUGUGAAGAUGACAUUAUUGGGCAAACCCGCCGUACAAACAAUGCUGAUGAUGAUUUACUGGUAGCCUGAAACAUAAAUCAGAGACCUAUAUAUAUCAUAUAUCAGUGACCUUAUAAUCGUCGUCUGAUGAAGUGAGUGAAUAAGUUUAGUUUUACGCCGCACUCAUCAGUAUUUCAACUAUAUGGUCUUUUCCAGACAAUCCAGUGAUCAAUAGAAUGAACAUCGAUCAACGUCAUCUGAUGAAAGCAAGAUAUCAAUAUAAGUGGUAUUUAGAAUUACUCAGCUACUAACUGGUGUUGAGAGCACACUUUUAGCCUGCACAUUCUGUAAGUACAUGGAUUUAAUUCUGAUACACAAAUGAUAGAAUAUAUUUGGGAGUUCACGUGUGCGUGUGGGGGAGGGUGGGAUGCUUGUGUGUGUUUUGGUAUCAGUGGUGAUUAACAAUACUAACAAUAAAUCGUUGAUCAUUUUGCAGUUUUGCAGUUUCAGACCUUACAUGUCUACCUUCUUGGUAGGUUUGACACAUGUAAGAAUCCUGAUUUGAAUAAACGAAUUCAUACUU